CCUCAACGUACGCGUCCCAGCGUCCCCGCGCUCAACAGCCAUGCCAGGUCAUCUUCCCACAAAGAGCGACUUCCCCACGUCCGCCAAUCUCAGCAUCACACCCCCACCCGCUUCGCAGCCGCCAACCAACGUCCUGAUUCUCCUCCAUGGUCUAGGAGAUACCAAUGCAUCCUUCACCAAACUGGGACAGCAAUUGAAUCUUCCAGAGGCAGCAUGCAUUGCUCUGCAAGCCCCGACUCCUCUGCCAUUCGAUCUUGGCGGCUUCCACUGGGGUGACGACCUCAUCUUCGAUCAAAAUACCGGCGACAUGGACGUAGACACUGGUUUCAAGGCGGCAACGCGCCUGUUGCUUGACAAAAUCAUCCGCGAGGGACUCAUAAACAAGUGUGGCUAUAAGGCACGCGAGAUCAUAAUCUUCGGCUUUGCCCAAGGUGCGAUGGUCGCGCUGCAAGCCGCUGCAGAGAUUGGCAGUGAUGAACUCGGUGGAGUUAUCAGUAUUGGCGGCACGUUGUCUCUGUCACUGCCCUUGAAGGCUUUAGAAGGGAAAAGAAAAACGCCUGUGCUUGUUUGUAAGGCAUCAAGACAAUCGGCGGUUACCGACAGCGCAAUUUCGAAACUCAAGGAUGCAUUCGAGUUCAUCGAGAUCAAAGAGUGGAAAAAGGUUGGUGAUGGCAUGCCGAGUAGUCGAGACGAAAUGCUGCCGAUUAUGCAGUUCCUCGCUCGCCGGUUGCGGAGUAUGAGGGGUGUGCCAGCUGGUAGCGUUGAGUUGAGUUGAGCCUUGCAUUGUUACGAACUAGCGUUGGGCGAUUGCUUUCUCAAACUCUAGAAAUAGUAUUCGCAACCAAGAGAUAGGUGAUUAAGAGUACUACAUGAGAUGUAUAUGCAUCCAUUUAUAUUUCGCCUGAUCGUCAUCGUUAUGAUGUUUGUAUGCUCAGUUUGAAUGUUACGAUAGCUAUGAUCAAACAUAUCCUG